UGUGUUCACGUACAUAGGCCAUAUGACAGCUAGACGUUGUGCUGAAAGGACGUAUUCUACUGUUCCGAGAUUUUACUCUACUUUGUGCCUAAUUGGAUAUUUAUUUACUCAUUGUAUUUCACUUUGGAUAUAUUUAGUGAAGAGAUGACUUUCCCCGAGGAUACUGAAUCAACGAUGCCAACACCUAAUAGAACCUCACUGAAACUUGGCGAUGCCAUGCAGACGGUGUUAGCGAGUGCCAUGCUGGAGAGCCGUGUUACUUGCGGCGCAUUCGAAUGCGCACAGCAACUACAAAAUGAUCCUGAUAACGUAGUGAUGUGUGUGCUACCCGUACAUCCGAUACAGGAGGACGUUACAAUACAGAUCCAGCACACCCUCAUACAAGCUUUCUGCUGGGAAAAUGACAUCAAAGUUAUCAAGGUCGAUACCAUGAAAAAAUUGUCGAAGAUCCUGACCAUGAAAUUCCCCGAGGACAACAACAACGUGGCAAACACUUGCGCCGUGGAUGCUGACUUCAGCUGUGUCCUCAUCCGGGCACUUAGCCCAAUUACAGAUCCAGCACUGUUGCAGCUCCUGGAGCCAACUGACCAUCCAAUCAUUGAGCUUCCUGAAUGAGAGUCGACCUUUGACCCAUCUCGGAUCAUAUUCUCUCACCAGGAAUCCGAUUUCCUGGACGAUCAUUUACUGAUCAUCAUUGCGGGUGCCCCAGAGGGUCCAACAGUCGGAGCAGACGACAGGUAUCUCCCAGCAAAAACUGAGGAUGCAAGUUCCUCCAGGCGAGACUCCGUCGUCCCCGACAACCUCAGAAGGGGCGCAGCGUUUCAUCACAACUAUUCCUGGACGGGCGAGGUUACGCCUCAUCGCUUACAGGAGUAAGAGAACCGUUACUGUACCGGUUCAGCCUGUUAUCAUCGCGAUAACGGCCAGGUGUGAACUAUAGUAUAAUAAACAUCCUUCGACGAGGCUGACGUCAGUGACCAUCGUCAGUGAGACGUCAGUCAAAGAGCAGACAGGUCUUACCAGACAGGUCUUCACGACAGAUUUUGACACGACGUGGCAAAUUGUGAACGGAUGAGACGUGGAAUAUGUGUGUGAUAAACAGUGCUAGCUAUAUGAAACGGCAGACAUCAACGGUAUUGUAACAUCCACAUGUACUACUGGACAGGGCCUGUCCGUAAUGCACUACACAUAGUCAGGUGUGAACAGUACACCGUUGGAACUCUUGUAUUCGCGCACCUGUUAUUGUCUAGUGUACAUUUACAGUCAAGAGACAAAUUACACCACAAGAGACAAAUUACACCACAAGUAUUAAUUAUACACUGUCGGAACUUUGUGUAUACUUGAUAUGUGCAGCUGAAACUGACAUCGUUCUAUUAUUACAUAUAAAUAUCAUCAGAGACAUAUUUCAGCCAAUCAGUUCACGUGUGAACCAACAUCCAUGUAGACUUUCAUUGAAAGCGAGAUUAAAAUGAGACAAUUGUCGAGUUGGACAAUAAUGAUGUUCAAUACGUAUUAAACAUAUAGAUACAUUUUGAAAUUACGUGAUAUAUAAUUAAAAUAUUGAAAC